UUUUUCUUUCUGCUGACACUCAACCACCACCAGCACCACCACCAACACUACAUCAAGAGGCUACAGCUGCAACCAUGGUCGGCGCACCCUCUCUCGCUUCAUACAUCCUCAAGUCAAAGUCCCUCACCCAGACCCUCAUGCCUCUUGCAAAGACGUACGCUCGUCUCGCGGGAUACCGCAAGAUGGGACUCAAGUACGACGACUUGCUGCCCGAGGAAAACGACACGAUGCAGAAAGCCAUUAAGCGUCUACCGGAGCGUGAAUCGUAUGAUCGCGCUUUCCGCCUACGACAAGCUCUGCAACUCUCGGCAAAGCACCACCUCUUGCCUGAGCAGGAUUGGGUGAAACCUGGUGAGGAUACACGCUACAUGACACCUUUGGCGGAGGAAGUUGCCAAGGAGGCGAGUGAGCGUGAAGAGUUUGAUACCCUCAAGGUGCAGAAGUAGUGGCUCCAUUAACACAGUGAUACUCCAGCCCGCGUACAGAACAAAUCUUUCUUUUUA